AUGAAGGACGCCAGCGACCCCGAGCCGCCGCCUGGGCCCCCCGUCGGCCGGAGGAGAGCGCCAACCAUCACCAUUGACACCACCGCCGUCAGCGCAAACAACAGCUCCGGCGACAUGGCUCAAGAUGCCCCCCGGGCGAGCCCCUCCGUGUCGCCCAUAUCACCCCCCGACGACCCCGUCAGCCCGUCCACCAUUGUCGAGCCCCCCGUCGCCGGAUUCACUCCCAACCAGCGCCCCGAGCUGCGCGCCGACACCUCCUUCGACAGCAAGGACAGCCGGCCCACGAGCCCGCACAACGUCUCGAGCCCCGUCAUGUCGCGGGCCGCCGCCGAGGGCGGCGCCGGCUUCCUCUCCGUCCCGCCGAACCCCCUGCGCUCGAGGCAGAACUCGGUCGACUCGCAGGAUGCCGUGCGCUCCGUCAGCUCCCACGGCGAGACCACCGUCGUCGCCUCGAGCUACACGCAGACGGACAAGUUCAAGGCCGCCGGCAACGACAAGGUCAUGAAGGACGACUCGGCGCUGGCCCCCGACGCCGGCACCGAGGAGGACUUCAAGGUCGACAACAACCCCUUCGCCUUCACCCCCGGCCAGCUCAACAAGAUGUUCAACCCCAAGAGUCUCCCGGCCUUUUACGCGCUCGGUGGGCUCCGCGGGCUGGAGAAGGGCCUGCGCUCGGACCGCAAGUCUGGCCUCAGCACCGACGAGUCGCGCCUCGACGGCGACGUCUCGUUUGAAGAGGCGACGGCCGCGACGGUCAAGAACAGUAAGCUGGAGACUGAGGGUGUCGUCAGCCCGGUUACCCGGCAACCCACUAACAAGUCUUUGCGCGCCAAAGACGACUCCUUUUCCGACAGAUACCGCGUCUUCAGAGACAACAGACUGCCUGUCAAGAAGGGCAAGAGUCUUCUUCAGCUCAUGUGGAUUACUUACAACGACAAGGUCCUGAUUCUGCUGUCCAUCGCCGCCGUUAUCAGCCUGGGCGUCGGCCUCUACCAGACGUUUGGCGGCGAGCACAAGCCCGGCGAGCCCAAGGUGGAAUGGGUCGAGGGUGUUGCCAUUAUCGCCGCCAUUGCCAUUGUCGUCAUCGUCGGCUCUCUCAACGACUACUCCAAGGAACGCCAGUUUGCCCGCCUCAACAAGAAGAAACAGGACCGCAACGUAAAGGUGGUCCGCUCGGGAAAGACGGUCGAGGUAUCGGUGUUUGACCUCAUGGUCGGCGACGUCAUCCACCUGGAGCCCGGCGACCUGGUCCCCGCCGACGGCGUGCUCAUCGAGGGCUUCAACGUCAAGUGCGACGAGUCUCAGACCACGGGCGAGUCCGACAUUAUUCGCAAGCGGCCGUCCGAUGAGGUGUUCGACGCUAUCCAGAACCACGAGAAUCUUAAGAAGAUGGACCCGUUCAUUCAGUCCGGCGCGCGAAUCAUGGAGGGCGUCGGCACGUACAUGGCCACGUCCACCGGUAUCUACUCGUCGUACGGCAAGACGCUCAUGGCGCUCAACGAGGACCCGGAGAUGACGCCCCUCCAGGCCAAGCUCAACGUCAUCGCUACAUAUAUCGCCAAGCUCGGCGGUGCCGCCGGUCUGCUUCUGUUUAUCGUUCUCUUCAUCGAGUUCCUGGUUCGUCUUCCGCGCCUGGACGACAGCGUCACGCCGGCUGCCAAGGGUCAGAUGUUCCUGAACAUCUUCAUCGUUGUCGUCACGAUCAUCGUCGUCGCCGUCCCCGAAGGCCUGCCACUAGCCGUGACGCUCGCGCUGGCCUUUGCCACGACCCGCAUGCUCAAGGACGCCAACCUGGUGCGCCACCUCAAGGCCUGCGAGGUCAUGGGCAACGCGACGACUAUCUGCUCGGACAAGACGGGAACCUUGACGCAAAACAAGAUGCAGGUUGUUUCGGGCACCAUCGGCACGAGCAACCGCUUCGGGGGUGCCCGGCCCAAGUCGGCUGACAGCGACGACGAGGAUGCGGAGCCCGACUUCGACACGAGCGCCGACAUCUCUGCGGCGGACUUCACGGCCAUGCUCAGCGCCCCCGUCAAGGAGCUGUUGCUCAAGUCGGUCGCGCUCAACUCGACCGCUUUCGAGGGCGAGGUCGACGGCGAAAAGACGUUUAUCGGAUCCAAGACUGAGACGGCCCUGCUGCUGUUCGCGCGGGCGCACCUCGCCAUGGGCCCCGUCAGCGAGGAGCGCGAGAGCGCCACGACCCUGCAGAUCAUCCCCUUCGACUCUGGCCGCAAGUGCAUGGGCAUCGUCGUGCAGCUGCCCAAGGGCAGGGCGCGCCUCUACGUCAAGGGUGCCUCCGAGAUUCUCCUGGCCAAGUGCACGCAGACGCUGCGCGACCCUUCGGUGGACGACUCGCUCGUCCCGCUUACCAGGGACGACAGCCGCACCAUUACGCGCCUCAUCGAGAGCUACGCCAUGCGAUCGCUGCGAACCAUUGGCCUCUGCUACCGCGACUUCGACGCGUGGCCUCCCAAGGCGGCCAAGCGCAGCGAGGGCGGCAAGGACCAGGUCGAGUUCGAGGACAUCUUCCGCGAGAUGAACUUUGUCGGCAUGGUCGGCAUCCAGGACCCGCUCCGCGACGGUGUCUACGACUCGGUCCGGGCUUGUCAGAAGGCGGGCGUCGUGGUCCGCAUGGUCACGGGUGACAACAAGCUCACGGCGCAGGCCAUCGCCAAGGAGUGCGGCAUCCUGCAGCCCAACAGCAUCGUCAUGGAGGGCCCCGACUUCCGAAACCUGAGCAAGCUGCAGCAGGAAGAGAUUAUCCCGCGGCUGCACGUCCUGGCCCGUUCUAGCCCCGAAGACAAGCGCAUUCUCGUGAAGCGACUCAAGGACAAGGGUGAGACGGUAGCCGUGACGGGCGACGGUACCAACGACGCGCCCGCGCUCAAGAUGGCAGAUGUGGGCUUCUCCAUGGGCAUCGCCGGUACCGAGGUGGCCAAGGAAGCAUCGGCCAUCAUCCUCAUGGACGACAACUUCUCGAGCAUCGUCAAGGCCCUCAAGUGGGGCCGUGCCGUCAACGACGCCGUCAAGCGGUUCCUGCAGUUCCAGCUGACGGUCAACAUCACGGCCGUGGUGCUCACCUUCGUCACUGCCGUGUCGAGCGGCAAGGAGGAGUCGGUGCUGACGGCCGUCCAGCUGCUGUGGGUCAACCUCAUCAUGGACACGCUGGCGGCGCUGGCGCUGGCCACGGACCCGCCGCAGGACAGCGUGCUGGACCGCAAGCCGGAGCCCAAGGGCUCGUCCAUCAUCUCGCCGACCAUGUGGAAGAUGAUUCUGGGCCAGGCCGUGUACCAGCUGGUGAUUACGUUCCUGCUGUACUAUGGCGUGCCCAAGGGCCUCAUCGACGGCAUCAUCACCAACGAGCCGCUGCCGGCGAACGUGGUCAAUACGCUGGUAUUCAACACGUUUGUGUGGAUGCAAAUCUUUAACCAGUGGAACAACCGCCGCUUGGACAACAAGUUCAACAUCUUUGAGGGUCUCAUGAGCAACUGGUUCUUCAUCGGCAUCAGCAUCAUCAUGUGCGGCGGACAGGUGCUCAUCAUCUUUGUCGGCGGCGCGGCGUUCCAGAUCGCCUCGAGCGCGAGCAGGGAUGCGGCACUCUGGGGCAUCGCCAUCAUCCUGGGCGCCAUCUCGAUCCCGGUUGGCGUGGUGAUCCGGCUGAUCCCGGACUCGGCGCUCCUGGCGCUGGUCCCCGACUUCCUGAAGCAGCGGGCGCACAAGGUGCCCGGCCUGACGGUGUCGGACGAGGAGAUGGACAUGUACCCGGAGCCGCUGGCGGACGUGCGGGACGAGCUCAACUUCUUGCGGCGGAUGAAGGGUGGGCGUCUCAACAACCUCAAGUUUGCGGUGCAGCAUCCCAAGGAGACUCUGAUGCGGCGGUCGCGCAGCCCGUCGCACUCGCGAUCCGAGUCGAUGAACGCGCCGGCGACGCCGGAGCGCGAGGACAGCUUCGGGUCACGGGCUCCGACGCCCGAGUCGCGGUCGCGGACCCGGUCGCGGUCCAACCGGUCGCGGUCCAACUCGGCGCUCGGGGCGCCAACAGUCAUGGCGGGCAUCGUGGCGGCGGGCGUGGCGGCCGGGUGGGCGCCGUCAGGUCGGCCGAGCGCGGACGAGACAGCGGCGGCCGGCACUUCUCAGCAAGGAGCAGAGAGCAGCGGCGAGACGCGGAAAGAGUAG